AUGGCGGCUAAGCUGGCGGCACAGCCCAUGCCGCCGAGGUUGAAGCUCUGCGUGCCGCGGCCGAGCUUGGGUGGUGUUGAGGAGGCCGCAGUUUACGAUGAGGAUUUUCACGUCCCUUGGCCGGAGGCGGCGGCUGCCAGAGAUGGAGGAGGAAAAGAGGGUGUCCACCGCGCCGUAGAUGAGGAGGGCAGCCUCCUCACGGCUGUGGUCGAGGUCAGUUUUGUGGUUCGGGAGGAAAACCGAGCGAGGGAGGUAUGUCUCGUUGCCGAGGCCGGAAGUGUCGAGGGCUUUUCGUUGGAGAAGGAGAAAGAAAGGAAACUAGAUUUAUGA